AUUCUAUAUUUCACCGGGGCGGGAUUCCGACUUCCGGUAAGGUGCUUUGCCCAUUGGUGCGAGAUCUACGUAGGUUAUCCGUAAAGCCUCAUCUACGGAGCUGUGGUUGUCGGGUUGGAGUGCCUCGGCGGGAACCCGCUGGAUUUUGUUUGCACAUUUACACUUGCAUCUCCUCGCGUCAAAGAGUGUGAAAAUAGAUACAUAUGCAUAAACGAACCACGGCCAACGGCCACCAACAAAGCGGUGGAUUUUCCUCAAAGGCUUCGAAAUAUGAAAGCUUGCCAUCAAACGGGAAAAUUCCGUCACUCAAGGAGGGCGGGCGCCCCUCCAACUUGCUUUUGAGCGUUGGUCUCUUGAUAUGGGUUGCGUUGUUGGCAACGUUUGGAAUAGUGCGACACCAUACCUUGCCCCAACCUUUGCCGGCAAACAGUGUUGGUGCUGAUGGGAUAACCCCAGUGUUUUCGGAAGACCUUGCUCGGGAAACCAUUCGUGAACUCACAAACACUAUUGGCCUCCGUGUUGUGGGGACUAAGCAGGAGGAGAUGGCAAAGGAGAUGAUAUUGGAAAAAUUAUACGAUUACCGGAAUCAGUCCAGUGACAAUCCUCAUAUGACACAUUUUGACAUUGAUGUUCAGAUGGCAGAUGGAUCUCAUCGCUUUGAUCUUAUGGGUCAAGCUGUCUUGAAAACCUACUCAAACAUUACAAACAUCCUUGCCCGUCUGUCAUGUGGACCUAAAUGCAAUGAAAACGCCAUACUUUUAAACUCCCACUUUGAUAGCACCAUCGUGAGUCCCGGUGCCGCAGAUGACGGCGUAGGCGUCGCAGUGAUGCUAGACCUUGUCCGCGUUCUGUCCCAAACCCGAAAACCAUUGAGGAAUUCCGUGAUCUUCUUGUGGAAUGGUGCUGAGGAGACUCUGCAGGAUGCUUCGCACGCCUUUGUUACGCAGCAUGACUGGCGGGAUAGCAUUCGUGGUGUGAUCAAUCUGGAAGCCAUGGGACAAGGCGGCAAAGAGAUUUUGUUCCAGGCUAAUUCAAAACAGAUGGUUGAUGCCUAUAAACGGGCUCCCCACCCCCACGGAAGCGUUCUGUCGAACGAUGUCUUCCGCACCGGAUUGGUGAUGAGUGAUACGGAUUUCCGGCAAUUUCGGGAUCAUGGAGGACUUGUCGGACUGGACAUGGCGUAUUAUACAAAUAGCUAUCUGUACCAUACGAUGCUGGAUGUGGAAGAAACAAUAGAAAAGGGCUCCAUUCAAAACUUUGGGGAUAACGCCUUGGGGAUAUUAGAUUACCUUCUAUAUGAGGCCGAUCUCACGGAGAUUGAGCAGAAUGAUGAUAUCAUUUUCUUUGAUGUUAUGGGUUUCUUUUUUGUUCACUACUCGUGGGACACUGCUCAUGUUUUUAACGGAAUCCUCAUCCUUGUGGCCGUUUGGUCUGUUCUGGUAACCUCGCCUUUCAAGAAGCUAUCGCCUUCCGCAAGGCUGCGAGCUACCAUAACGGUAGCUUUUGCGACAGCGGCAAGUCAGUUGGUAGCUACGGUUAUAUGCGCUGUCCUUGGCGCUUUGCUUUUUGCUGCCAAAGUGCCGAUGAUGUGGUUCGCGCGAGAGUGGUAUGCGCUGGUGCUCUUUGCUCCCGCUGGGAUCCUCGGUGCCUUGUUGCCGCAAAAAUGGCUGCAGAAUGCCUCCAUCGGACAACCCAAACUUGAUGAAAUUGGAAGAGCCAAGAAAGAAGUGACCGACCAUGCGUAUGAGAAUGCUUCUGAUCCUAUUUUAGAAAGGGCUGCAUAUGAUGGACUUGUGCUCUUCUUUACUGGAGCGAUUUUUGUUGCUGGAUGGUUCAAGAUUGGUGCAGGGUAUCUGAUGGCUAUCUAUCUAUCUGGACUCUUGCUUGGAAAAUGGGUGGACCUCAUUUUCGGUGGAUCAUCAUCCAAAGUUCAGCAUCUCCAUCCACUCGUCUAUUUUACGGCCUCCUCUACACUUGUGUUUACAACGGAGCUGUUAAUCUGCGCCGUAUAUCUUUUUGUUCCAAUCACUGGACGGAUGGGAGCGGAUACUCCUGUCGACGUGAUCAUGGGUAUCCUGGCUGGGGGGCUCCUAUUUUUUGCCAUCUUCAUUUUGGUACCCUUUGUGCAUCGUCUUGGGCGGAGGCAGGUUAGACAGCUUAUCACUGGCCUAAGUGUGUUGACGCUUCUUAUGAUCGCGUUCUUUGUGACGUCGGUUCCACCGUAUGAUCAAAUGCAUCCUAAGCGAGUCUUUGUCGGCUAUAAAGAGAAUGUCACAGAUAACUCAAGGGAAGUCCUGCUAUCCCAUGCCGACCCUGCAGGUUUUCAACAGAUUUUGGCAAAGGUUGAGGCCGAACUUGGGUCAAAGCCCGUGUAUCGCGGAGCCUCUAUGACUGACCGAGAUUGGAGUUCUAUCUACCCGUUCAGCCACUUUAUUGAAGGCUACUCCUUCAAUGUCUCGCAUCUCACCGCCCUAACACCUUCACCAGCCCCAGCACCGCAAAUAAGCGUUGAAAUAGACAGCUACGAUGAGAAGACUGACCUCCGGACGCUCUCCAUUCGUUGCUACUAUCCGCACUACAUUUGGACUGUCCUCUCCUUUGAGGGCUAUGUCAUUGACUGGUCAUUGUCGGACCGAAGCAUGGUAGAUCCAUCCAUGCCCAAACGAUACCGCAUCCGCAACGCAGGAGGCUACACAACCAACUCGUGGAAUCUGACUCUAACCCUCAAGGGCCGCGACAAGAUCCAAAUGGAGAUUAGCGGUUUGGAAAGAGAUGGGUUUCAUGAACUUGUUGUUGGGGAACCAAAAGUCCAGAGCCAUCGGAGGGGUGUCGGUGAAGCUCUUGGAAGAGUGGAGAUUGGACAGAGCUGGAAAUGGAGUGAUCGGUGGGGUAGUGCGGCGAUUUUGAGUCGAGUUGAAAGUGUUAUGCCUGAUUGGACGACAGGCCUUUUUGUUGGCUUGGUGGUAAAGACAUUUGAGUUGUAGGUUUUUUAGGCGGGAAAAUGAGUAGAUUAGAAAUUAGAAGAGUGGUUUUUGGGGUACGCUUUAUCUUGUUUUAUGCAUAUUCCCAGUUUUUUCUUUGUGAGAUACCUCUCGCUUUGAUGUGCUUUUAUUGGAGAUUGUAUUUGACGUUUGAGUAGUCAAGUCGUGGUGUUGAUAGCAGAGGGCUGUUCCGUUCUCGUAAAGAAUUUCCUGACUCUGGGCAGGAAGACUGAUAUUUUGACGUAACGAAAUCAGUUUCCUUUAUACACAUUUAAACCAGACCUACUAUUUUGUCG